AUGACGUCGUUCCACACGCCUAAGCUACAUGGUUACUCUGUGAAGUUCUCACCUUUUACUCCAACAAGGUUUGCAUGUGUAGCAUGUGAACAAUAUGGGAUAGCAGGCAAUGCAGUGCUACUUGUAUUUGACUUCCACCCUGACUUGAGCGGUCCUCCUGUAGUGGUACAGACUUGUAACUGGGUAGAUGGUUUGUUUGACCUCGCAUGGAGUGAAAUAGAUCCAGAUAUUUGUGUAACAGCUGGCGGAGAUGGUGCUAUUCAAAUAUGGAAUGUUUUAAAUAAGGAUCCACUUGCUGUGUUAAAGAGCCAUGAGAAGGAAGUUUAUUCGGUAGAUUGGAGUCAUAAGGGAGAAAAGAACCUUGUUGUAUCUGUAUCAUGGGAUGGGAGUGCAAAGAUAUGGGAUGUUGGGUCAGGACGUAAUGAACCCAUAUCUGCAGUGCAUGGACAUCAAGGUGUUGUGUAUAGUGGUGUGUGGUCACCUCAUGUACCAGGAUCCUUUGCUACAGCAUCAGGUUGGAGUGAUGUAAUGUGCUCACUGCUGUGUUUUGAAAUUUAA